AUGAGCUUUCUGUUCCAGCAGAGCACGUCGAUCAAACGGCAGCCAGAGGAAGCAAUUCCUGCUGAACCGUUGCCCAAAAGACAACGAAACACAGCUAGAUCUAGUGAAACAACAUUCGGCUCCACCGAGCAUUUUGGCGUGCCAAUUUAUGACAUGCUUCGCGCACUAGACGCUCCCGAUACGCGUCGCAGUGUUGACACUUUGCCAAAGACCUGUAAAACGGAUGUGCUGUUUACCGAUAAAUAUGCCCCGACAUGCUACUUGGAUUUGAGAGGCUCUCAGGAUGUGCAACGCCAAAUUCUUCGCUGGAUUUCCCGCUGGCGUCCUAUCGCAUUUGACCUCGAGGUUCCAGAAUCGGACCACACAGACGAGUUUGGUCGACCGUUGAAAAAAAUUCUUCUAGUUCAUGGCCCUCCAGGAGCCGGAAAAACAAGCUCAGUGCAAGUCAUGGCCAGAAUUGAGGGCUUUGAUGUUCUUGAAAUCAACGCCUCAGACGAUCGAGGCGCUGCUGCAGUGCAGCAAAAGAUCUCAAGCGCACUAUUCAGCCACCAGGCAGUAUCCAAUAAGCCAGUGUGCAUUUUGGCCGAUGAAGUGGAUGGCGCCGAGUCUGGUUUUGUAAGAUGUUUAAUUGAGUUACUGAAGGCUGAUGCCAGGAAAGUCAAAGGCGUUUCGACGAAAGGCAAAAAGGCCAAGGACCAUCUUCUCCAGCGGCCAAUUAUUUGUGUGUGCAAUGAGGCAUUCACCCGCACGCUUUUUGACUUACGACAGUAUUGUGAGAUUGUUUAUUUUCCACCCUCAUCUCCGAACCGGCUCCUGUCACAGUUGGAAGAGAUCAACCGAAAAGAGGGUCUAAGAACACCAACCUCUGUGCUGCUGAGAGAUAUCCAGGAGACUGGCUGUGACUUUAGAGCCUGUCUAAAUCGUUUGCAGUUUGGAGGCGAUAGAUCGAUCUCGUAUAAAGAUUCCACAAAAUCCUUGGCGGAGAUGACAUUGUCAGUUUUCAAUAAGGAAGCCAAAGACCUCAAUUUGAAACUUGAUGCGUACGGAGAAGUUGAAAAGCUCUUUGAUAGCUGUUUUUCACAGUAUACAAAUGCGUAUUAUGUUGACGACAGGAUGCUGAAACCAGCUAGCAUGGGCGAUUGGUACGCGCUUGUUGACAGCCGACGGUUUAAUGCAGCAAGUGAGUAUGCAGCAGUCGCCAUCAAUCACAUGUUUUUGAACUUCUCUUCGCUAAGUAACGGCCCAAUGAAGUACGAGCGCCCUCCAAAGCUCUUCGAAGAGAAGAAGCGAACAAUGACCCUCACCCAGGAAGCACGCCAUAAAGCAUCGACAGCUACAAGAUCUAUGUUUUGUUUGAAUUCCUAUCGCAGGGAGCUGGUUCCUUACGUAUGGCAGCUGGCAAACCCUGAGGUCAACAACGUGCCCACUCCGCAGCAAAAGGCAGUUCUUGUCUCCUGCCAACAGUCAUUGACCGAUGCAGGCAUUCGAUUGUUUACAGAAAAACUCGAAAACGGGUCCUUGAUACACCGUCUAGAUCCCCCCAUUAAUCUGGCAUGCUGCCUGAGUACUGACCAGAUGGAUUUCGCAGCUCACGGCAAGUUCGUGCACAGAAGCCAUCUGAAACGCGCAUUCGAUGAAGCAAAGCGCCUUCAGAUUAGGGCUUCUCCAACUCAGGCUGCAAGUCAGCAGGCUGUUCCUAAGCCUGAGUCCAAAAUGUCCAGCAACUUUUUCUCUAGAGAUACAAUUGAACCCGCUGUCAUCCAGCAGAACAAAGUCUGGAUUAGCUACAGAGAGGGCUUCUCGAAUGCCGUCAGAAAACGGCUGUCAUGGAAUGAUAUGUUUGGCUAG